ACGUGUCAACAUCUAAUUGCUCCUUGAGAAACGAAAUCUUAAAGUACACUCUACUUACGUAGAGUGGGUAUGCGUGCGUGUGACAGUGUGCACGAUAGUACACUGUACCAUCUCUCCCUCUUCUCCGUCAUAAUAGCUUCCUCUUCCUCCAACUUCUCCUCAUUCUUCUUCUUCUUCUUCUUAUCGCUUCUCAACAAAACCGAAUUAUAAUUAUCUCAACGCAAUCCCAGUUUCAACCUCCCAACACUGUAUUUGUUUUGCUGCCAAAGUUAACAGCACCAAAAGAGAUAUUUGUUUUGCUGCCAAAGUCACAGCACUGAGAAAGAUAAACCAAGAUGGAUCAACAAAACCAAAAUAAUACUCCAGAUGGUUCAGGAGAUGUGCCUAUGAAGCGCAAACGUGGCCGCCCACGAAAAUACCCAAGGCCAGAUUCAGAGGAGAGUUCCUACAUGCUACUUAAUCAAAGCAGAAAGCAGACUCCUGUUCGUGUUGAACAAGCCCCAGUAGCUCCUGGAUUUCAAGCAGUUAACGGAAAUCAGCACCUUCAAAGCAGCCAAGAAAGUGAAUCAAACUCAAACAAUGCAAUGGUGGGCCAGAUUGUUACUGGUGUAAUUGAGGCAGCAUUUGAUGCUGGGUUUUUGCUCAGUGUUAGAGUUGGUAAUUCUGACACUAUUUUGAAGGGACUAGUCUUCAAGUCUGGACAUUUUGUUCCUGUUUCCCCUGAGAAUGAUGUGGCUCCAGGUGUUCCAAUGAUCCAAAGAAAUGAGGUUCCCUUCCCUUCAAGACCUACUCAAUUUCAAACUCCUCUCCCAAAGGAAAAGAAUGGUCAACCAGCGAGUGUUUCUAGGAUUGAAACCCUUCCAAUGAAUGGUUCACAAUCUGCCCCUCAGGUUCCCAGAGGAGCAGUUACUUCUAGUAACAUGGCUGUUGCUUCCGGAAACGUUCCUUCGGUGACUAGCCAAACCCCCGAUCAACUAACCAGAGGUAAUACGGUGCCUGUUUUGUUCCAACCUAACUUUUCGAAUGGGAUGCCAGUUUCUACUCCACCAUCACAACUCACCCCAGUUUCUCUAGUGAGUGGAGUGAAUAUUGUGGGCAAGGAAAUUCCGGUAGGUGGAAAUCAAGUACUUCCCUCUCCUGCCCAAACCAUUAGCCAGAAUUCAUUUCAGAGUAGAAUGCAAAGUGAAGGCUUUCCUACGAAUUAUCAAUCUUCCUCUGAUGCCCUGAAUAAAACCGAGGACAAAUCAUUACCGGUGGCUAGUGUGCCUUUUGAGAAACAAGUUACUCAAGAUGUUAAAAGGAUCGAAACUCCAGCAGGUGUCAUGGAUACGAAGACUGAAAUCAGCAUGGCAGGCGAUAAUAUAGUGGCAAAUGAUACCAUCACUAUGCAGGAAGAGAAAGUCAAUGACUUGGGUCAACCUGUUUUGAGUCAGUCUCUGCACGCUGUACAGUCUCAUGUUGAGGGAAAUUCUGCUUCUGCUCCCACAGCUUCAAACUGCACUGAAACUGGCCAAAUGACUGAGCUUUUGCAGGUUUUGCAGAAUAACAAAACAGAAAACCAGGAAACGAAAGCAGCAGAGACAGGAUCAUCUGAAGACAAGUUGAAUGAUCUAGGGAGUUUUGGAACCGGACUUCAACAUGAUGGAAAUGUUCAUUCAACAAAUCCUUUCUGAGCAUUGAAUGCUUAAUUUUUACAUUUUUGUUGUUGUUAUUAUUAGUGGCUAUUGUGGCGGCAGGAUUAUUUAUCAUGAACUAGUUGAAGUUAUUGGCAAAGUGAAAUAUUUAGAGUUUUCAAAUUUAUAUAGUCUUCAGGAUCUUUAAUAAAUUAAACUUGCAAGCCUUAUUGGGUUUGUGAAUUUCACCUUGAAGUUGGAUGUUAAUUACUUCUUUUCUUUCACAAA